AGUGUCCGCCCUACCGUCCGCUCUACGAGCUUCACCCACCUCUCUGACCAUGGCCUCGUCGCCCGAGAAGAAGCAGAAGACGGCGUCCAUCUCGACCGCCAGCUCGUUGCUGCGCUUCUACCGCACGCCGGCUUUCACGGCCCACGCCAACCGUACGUUGCUGGCCUACCUGCGCGCUCAGGUGGGCGCUGACGCCGGCCUACAGGUGGAUGAGCUCGUGACCGAGUAUUGCUUCUACGUGGAGACCAAGGCCGAUGCCGGCCCGCUGUCGGCCGCCGAUCAGGAGACGCUCCACUGGCUGCUGAGCGAAACCUUCGAGCCGCAGCAGACGCGACCGGACCAGUCCUUCCUGGCCACCACGGAGCAGAGCAAGGAAUGGCUCGUGGAGGUCGGGCCACGCAUGAACUUCUCCACGGCCUGGUCCAGCAACGCCGUGGCUAUCUGCCAGGCCUGUGGCAUCUCGGCCAUCAAGCGCAUUGAGCGGGCAACCCGCUACUUGGUGCGCUACACGGCCACCAAGCCCGAGGCCGUUGAGGCGCUCAAGCAGGCACUGCUUCGUCACGAAUGCGACCGCAUGACGCAGCAGGUGUACGAGGAACCUCUGACCAGCUUCUGGCACGGCAAGACGGUGCAGCCCGUCCGUAAGAUCCCCAUCAUGGAGCGCGGCAUUGACGCGCUUAAGGAGAUCAACGAGGAGAUCGGCCUGGGCUUCGACGACUGGGACCUGCAGUACUACCUCAACCUGUUCAAGGAGAAGCUGAAACGCAACCCGACGGAUGUUGAGUGCUUUGACAUGGGCCAGAGUAACUCGGAGCACUCGCGUCACUGGUUCUUCGGCGGAAAGAUCGUCGUGGACGGCAAGGAGAUGCCCCAGACGCUCUUCCAGAUGGUCAAGAACACGCUCACGGAGAACGCCAAGAAGAACAGCGUCAUCGCCUUCCACGACAACUCGUCGGUCAUUAAGGGCGCCAACAUUGUGACUCUGGGCCCUGUGAACCCCGGCGAGCCCUCGGCCGUGCAGGAGCGCACGCUCGACAGCCACUUGUUGCUGACGGCCGAGACCCACAACUUCCCGUCCGGUGUGGCCCCGUUCCCUGGAGCUGAGACUGGCACGGGCGGCCGUAUCCGUGACGUCCAGGCUACUGGCCGUGGCGCCAACGUCGUGGCCGGCGUCAGCGCCUACUCUGUGGCUGUUUGCUCUGCCGGGUCAAUUGUGACGACGCCAUUAUCCAAACUGGAAGCGACGUGUGAUGCGCUCUUAAUGUCGAAGCUGUCGACUGGUAUCGACACUGGAAAUGCUACCAGUGUAAGAACAUACAGCUCAGAGUCAACUACUGGUAAUGCUCCCAAUACCGCUGAGGCUGUUUCAAUCGGUGACGGAGCAUCACGAGAUGCACGCGUGCUUCAAGGCGCUGGGGAUGGACGCCUGAGCGUCGUGAGGCCGGCGGUGGAGUGUGAGUCGCUGCUUGGCGUUGAUCUCUCGCAUAUUGCGGAAAACGGCGGUGCCAGCGUCACAUCCGCGACCGAAACGACCCACGAGGGACAUCUCUACUGCGUUGUGGAAGGCUCACUACCAGCGGCAACACACUGGCAGGCAGCUGCUGGUCAGCACGCCACCGAGGUGGAGGCUAUCUUCAGCAAGCUGAACGUGCCGCUCGUCAAGCUGGGUAAGGUGACGACGGACGGCGCCAUUAAGGUGAGCGUGAACGGCGAGAGCGUGUUGGAGGACCAGAUGGCGGACCUUCGUGACGUGUGGGAGGCGACCAGCUUCGAGCUAGAGAAGCGUCAGUGCAACCCCGAGUGCGUGGCCCAGGAACAGCGUUCGCUGCGCACGCGUACGGCUCCGUCGUGGAAGCUGUCGUACGAGCCCAAGCCGACGCCCGAGCGCCAGCUAAGCACCCGUGCCCAGCACCGCGUGGCCGUUCUUCGUGAAGAAGGUAGCAACGGCGAGCGCGAGAUGCUGGCUGCGUUCCACCACGCCGGCUUCGAGGUGUGGGAUGUCACCAUGUCGGACCUGGUGAACAAGCGCAUCGUGCUGGACGAACGCUUCCGUGGUGUGGCGUUCGUCGGUGGAUUCACGUUCGCUGACGUGCUGGGCUCGGCCAAGGGCUGGUCGGGUGUCGUCAAGUUCCACGGUGACGUGCUCAAGCAGUUCGCAGCGUUCAAGGCCCGCGACGACACAUUCAGUUUCGGUGCCUGCAACGGCUGCCAGUUCAUGACGCUGCUUGGCUGGCUCGACCGCCCCGAGGCCAAGGCUCUGGAGGAGGAGACUAAGACGUCGGCCCAGCCGCGUUUCGUACACAACGAGUCGGGUCGCCACGAGUCUCGCUUCGUGUCGGUGCAGAUCCAGGAGUCGAACGCGGUGAUGCUGCGCGGCAUGGCCGGCUCGUCCCUGGGUGUCUGGGUUUCGCACGGCGAGGGCCGCGCGCACUUCACGCACCCGAAGAUCCAGGAGAAGUACGUGGCCAGCGGCGCCGCCGCGAUCCGCUACGUGGACGACUCCAACGUGCCGACGGAGGAGUACCCGUUCAACCCGAACGGCUCGCCGCAGGGUAUUGCCGGUCUCGUGUCGAGCGAUGGCCGUCACAUGUGCCUCAUGCCGCACCCGGAGCGUUGCUUCCUCAAGUACCAGUGGCCGUACAUGCCGGCUGAGUUCGAGGCGCACCCUGUUGGUGUGGCUGUCGACGGCGGUAAGGACUCGCUGUCCAUGGCUGCCAAGGUCAACAAGAAGGACGUCAAGACGCCCGGCACUCUGGUUAUCACCAUGUACGCUCCGACGGAAGACGUGGAACUGAAGGUGACGCCCGACCUCAAGACCCACGCCGGUGACAGCUUCGUCUACUACGUGGACGUGGGCAAGGGCGCCAACCGUCUUGGUGGUUCGGCCUUGGCUCAGGUGUACGGCCAGGUGGGCAACGAGUCCCCGGAUGUUGAGGAUGCCGAGCUGUUCAAGAACGCGUUCAACGCCAUCCAGACUGGCAUUAAGAACGGCCACCUACUUGCUGGCCACGACCGUAGCGAUGGUGGCCUCAUUGUUACGCUGCUUGAGAUGGCAUUCGCUGGCAACUGCGGCCUCGACGUGGACAUUCCGUUCGCCGGCGGCAAGGCCACGACCAACUACAAAUUAUGUCGAGGGUGCACCGCUCUACACUGA